CGCCCAACCAUCACACACCUCCACGAACCACACACCCGCGCGAGAGAGGGAAGGCCAACAGAGCGUCCAAGCCAGCGCGCCACGUAGCUAUCGUUGCGGUGAGCAAUGUACCAGGCCAUCCCCUACAGCAGCAGCCGGCCCUGGACGACCCGCCCGUCGCCGCCGUCUGCCAUGGCGGAGGCGGCCGUCAAGACGGAGACCGCGGAGGCGGCGGCGUCCCGGGAGGACGCGGCGGGGGUUGAGAGGGCGGUGUCGGAGAGCCCGGUCGUGGUCGUGGGGAGGCGGGCCUGCUGCCUCACCCACGUCGUGAAGCGGCUGCUCCAGGGCCUCGGGGUCAACCCCGCCGUGCAUGAGGUCGCCGACGAGGCGGCGCUCGCCGGGGUCGUGCCGGACGGCGGGGAGGCCGCGCUCCCGGCGGUCUUCGUCGGGGGGAAGCUCCUCGGCGGCCUCGAUCGCCUCAUGGCCGUCCACAUCUCCGGCGAGCUGGUGCCCAUCCUCAAGAAGGCCGGUGCCCUCUGGCUCUGAUCAUCAGAUCCUUUCCUUCCCCUCCCCUCCUUAGUUAUUCUUUCGUCAGAAGAAGACGGUGCCGCGGUUUAAUCCUGGCCGUUGGAUCGAAUUCUACGCCGCGGCGGGCUCAUUCUAGGAUUUUGGGUUUCUUUAAUGGCGUGCUAAAAAAUAUCUCAACAAAUAUAACUAUAUGUGAGAGAAAAAGAAGGAUCAGACAGCUAGCUGUACUGAUUUUCGUAAUUUAUUUCGUAACGUUUGGCUGGCUCCGUCAUCCCGUGACGAGCAUGUGUGAAUACGGAAGAAGAGCGUGCGCGGCAUUGCAGCGUCUGUACAGUUUGUCGUUUCGAUUUCUGAGUUAAUGAGAAUCAGAUGCUUCUUACGGAAA